AUGGAGACUGAGCAGAACAACCAACUACCCUUCCUUGACGUCCUUGUAUCCCAUACCACCUCCAACCAUCUCCAGACCACUGUGUACAGAAAACCCACAAAUACGGAUCAAUACAUCCACUACAACUCCAAUCAUCCUCCCAAUGUUAAGACCGGCAUCAUAUCUACUCUAACUAGAAGAGCGAAGAAUAUCUACUCAACAAACCUGAACGACGAAAUUCAACAUCUGAAGAGAGCCUUUGUAGGAUUAAACAACUACCCAGCCCAAAUAGUCCACAGAACCAUUGCUGCUACCCUGUCACCUCCCGCCGAUAGACCCAAGCCUGAUUCAGACCCCAUCAAGAUCUCUAUUCCCUACGUUGGUAAACCAUCACACCAAAUCAGCCGACUCCUACAACAACAAGCAGGCAUCGAUACCAUCUUCUCGUCAUCCUCCAGCCUCAACAACCUGCUCCAUGCUAACGGAAGAAAACAUCCAACUUUCGACAACAAAACCCCGAAAUCUCUGAUUAUCACCAAAUAG